UCAUUUCCCUCCCUCUGCCGCACAGUGGCUUCUGCUGUUUACCGGGCGCGCGCAAAUCGAACUUCCGGAAACAGUCCAAGCAAGGGGGAAGCGAGUGAAAGCGGAAUCAUAGCGUUAUAACAGCAUAGUGUGGUUACAGGGAAAGGAGCCCAAGAGGUGAUUUUUCCUUCCAAAGUGCCCAUGGCCUCUGCUCCAAGGACCAUAGCUACUGAUCUGCUGCAGCAAGGUCAUGAGAGCUGCCUGCCCCCCUGCUCACUCACCAAAGAGGAUCUGACUGCCUAUCCUGGCCUGGCAAAUCUUCUUAUGGGUCUGACUAAACGCAUGGACUCCACUGGGCUGAGUGUCAAUUUGGCCCACCAAUUGGAAGAGGCGAGGAAAGAACUGCAGGUCCGAAAAGCAAGCUGGCUAAAAUGGGAGACCCUGCACCGGCUUCUGCAGGAGGCACUAAGAGAACAGGGAACCGGCCUUCCCCCAGAAGACAGAAAAUUUCUGGAAGUCUUGGAACAGCAGCUUUUGGUAGGCGAACUGAAACGAAUGCUUGAGGUUGACCCUUCUCUGCAAAGUACACAGUCGUCUCUCUUAGGUCUGGAGCCCUCUCAUGUGAUGGAGCUUCUUCCCCCCAAACAAGAGGUGGAACAAAUACAAAAGCGGCUCCCCACAGAGUUGGAGAAACAUCUGAAGUCCAAAUGCUUGGCUCUGCUCAGCUACUACCGCCCUGAAAGUGACAGUGCUAAUGAGACUGUCCGGGUCGCCAUGUCUGGGACCCUGGCGGAAAGGCUUGCCGAAGAGAAGCAGCGUCUGCAGGAGGCCAAGGCUCGACAGCAAGAACUUGUGGGGCUGCUGGAGCAGCAGAAAGCCACAUACCCACAGGUCCUGUUACGUUGUGUAGCCAUGCUGAAACGCUUGGCCCGCGAGUAUCGCCUCGGCACCCAGUCUGAACUGGACCGUCUCAACACCCACUACCUAGAGAUCAAGUGCAGUGCCAUGUUUCUUAAGAUAAGGCUUGAGGAACUGAGUAUCCUUUUGGAAACAUACACCCCUGAGAAAGUGGAUGUGCAUCGAAUGAUAAGGGACGAUUUGCAGGCGAAGCUAAGCCAAGAGGAGCAAAACCUAGCCACGUCCCGCAAGAUCCUUUCCGACUAUGAGAUGCUGGGCUCUGCGUUUGAGGAAUUGGUAAAAGAGUAUGCCCAACUUAAGGGCACCAUUCACAACAGGCAAUGGAUGCUGAAGGAAUUCAACAAAGACUGAGGUCGCUAUGAGGGUUGGGUUGGGAGAAAUGAUGCUCUAUAUCAAAUUCUGGCAAAAUGAAUACUGUCCAAUUUAUGUGUAAUGGUCACUUUAUAUAAUAAAGCAUGUAGCAAAACAA